AUGAGUCUUUCCGACAAUCAGCUAUCACAAACUGAUCCGAAUCUCGACCCAGUGUUAGAAAAGAUUAAGUGUGCUGCAGCCAUCGAUACGGUUAUGGUAAAACUGAGAAAUCAAAUCAUCUCCGGUUUUCCAAACGACAAGUGUAAUUUAGACAGUGACUUGCGUCCCUUUUGGAGUGUAAAAGAACGUUUAGCAAUCGAUGACUCAGAUGACAUGAUUGUAAUGGGACCUCGUGUCGUUAUUCCGCAUUCUAUUCGUGCAAACAUCCUGCGUAAUUUAGUGCAGAUGCACCAAGGUGCAACAAAAACACGUCAACGAGCCCGUUUAUCGGUAUACUGGCCAAACAUUGAUAACGACAUUGUGAACGGCACCAGAAAUUGUGAAACGUGUACAAAACAUCUACCUUCACAGCAACCAGAGCCGUUUCGAGUCCGUCCACAAGCAACGCGUCCGUUUGAACAAAUCCAUGCUGAUCUAGGCGAAGUCAAUGGCCGCCAUUUUUUAGUGAUGGUGGGUUCAUUCAGUGGUUGGCCUCAUGUGGUUGCAUUUCGUGACAGAAAAACAACAGCACACAAUGUCAUUCGCCAUAUCCGUAAUUUUUUUUCUAGCGUAGGAGCUCCAGUCACCUUUUGGUCCGACAACGGACCGCAGUUUGGAGCAGCAGAGUUCCAGCGUUUUCUAACGGAUUGGGGGAUUACCCUCACAUCUUCACCAUAUUAUGCUCAAUCCAAUGGCCGGGCUGAAGCAGAAAUCGACUCAAUGAAGACGCUCAUCCGUGGAUCAUGGAUAGCUGGCGCAUUUAACGAAGAGAAAUUCGCCAAAAGUAUCCUGCUUUUCCGAAACGCGCCGCGAUCUGGUGGUGCAAGUCCAGCACAGUUGAUUUUCAACCGUCCGGUGCGUGACUGUCUGCCAGCUCAUCGCCGCUCAUUCGCACCAGAAUGGCAAAAAGCAGCCGAUGUACUCGAGAAACGGGCGAGACGGUCCAAGGAGCUGCAAAUAGCUCAUUACAACAAGCAUACGCGGCCCCUCGCUCCGUUUAUCAUCGGCAACCAUGUCCUGAUCCAACAUCCCAUCAGUAAGCUGCAGUGUACCCCCGGAGUAAUCGUAGAAGUCGGCCAUCAGCGAGACUACCUCAUCAAGACUCCAGCCGGGCGGAUUUUUCGGCGCAAUCGGCGUUUUCUUCGCCCUCGCGUACCCGUAUUUCCAGCUACUACACCAGCCACUACACCAGCUACUACACCAGUCCAGCCGGAAUUCGUUCAACCGCCGCAACCGGAACCAACCGAGCCACCGGUACGAGAGAAUCCUGCUCCACCGAUACAAGAAAAUGCUGUUCCACCGGUUUUACGCCGUUCAACAAGGAAAAAACAGCCGCGGCGCCACUUCUUCCCAGCCUAG